CAAGAUGGCGGCCUGAAGGCAGCGGCAGCGGUGGAAACUCAAGACUCGGGGGCCCCAGGGACUGGAAGAAAUCAGUGCCUACUUGGAAAGAAGAAAAGGUAGCGACUUGCCCCAGCCCAACCCCAGAGCGGCUCCGGAGUUGGGCUGCUCACAAACCAAGCUGUCUGUUUGUAUGGAGUGCCAGGAGGGCGUCUGCCAUGAGUCUGUCGCUAACUGCACUAACCAGGAGAGCUGGCUGGUUGGGGAGAAGACACUAACCCUGAGCUGUUGGCUAGAGGAAGUGGAGGAGCUGUGGGAUGCGGAGAGCCAAGGGCUGAUUCCCGAACAGCGGAACAGAGAGAGCUGCCGACAAACAGACGCAGGUGGAGGAGCCCUUACCUCCCAGAAUGACCAGCACAGCCCCUGCUAAGAAACCCUACCGUAAGGCACCACCAGAGCAUCGGGAGCUGCGGCUGGAAAUUCCUGGAUCCAGGCUCGAGCAGAAGGAGCCCCUGACUGAUGCAGAAAGGAUGAAGCUCUUGCAGCAGGAGAAUGAAGAGCUUCGCCGGCGCCUGGCCUCGGCCACCAGACGCACCGAGGCCCUGGAGCGUGAGCUGGAAAUUGGGCAGGACUGCCUGGAGUUGGAGCUGGGCCAGAGCCGCGAGGAGCUGGACAAGUUUAAGGACAAGUUCCGCAGGCUGCAGAACAGCUACACUGCUUCACAGCGGACCAACCAGGAGCUGGAGGACAAGCUGCACACGCUGGCCUCUCUUAGCCACAGCUGGAUUUUUGCAAUCCAGAAGGCUGAGAUGGACAGGAAGACACUGGACUGGGAGAUCGUGGAGCUGACCAACAAGCUGCUGGAUGCCAAGAACACCAUCAACAAGCUGGAGGAGCUCAAUGAGCGGUACCGGCUGGACUGCAACCUGGCUGUGCAGCUCCUCCAGUGCAACAAGUCCCACUUCCGUAACCACAAGUUCGCUGAUCUGCCCUGUGAGCUACAGGACAUGGUUCAGAAGCAUCUGCACAGUGAUCCAGAGGCUGCCAGCCCAGGUCCUGCUUCCAGCCUGGCCCCAGGGGCUGUGGUGCCUACCUCGGUCAUUGCUCGGGUGUUGGAGAAGCCAGAGUCUCUAAUGCUCAAUUCAGCCCAGUCAGGCAGUACUGGUCGUCCCUUGGCUGAGGAUGUCUUUGUGCAUGUGGACAUGAGUGGGGUUGCCCCAGAUGACCCCACCAGUUCCCCGGUCCCUGGCAGCCCCACCCCCCAACCUAAUGGGGAGUGCCACUCUCUGGGUACUGCAGGGGGCUCCCCAGAAGAGGAGCUGCCUCUGCCAGCCUUUGAGAAGCUGAGCCCCUACCCCACCCCAUCUCCGCCACACUCACUGUACCCUGGCCGCAAGGUAAUAGAGUUCUCUGAGGAUAAGGUUCGUAUCCCCCGCAACAGCCCCCUGCCCAACUGCACUUACGCUACGCGCCAGGCCAUUUCACUGAGCCUGGUGGAAGAGGGGAGUGAGCGGACCCGCCCUAGCCCAGUGCCCAGCAGCCCUGCCUCAGCCCAGGCCUCACCCCACCACCAGCCCAGUCCCGCCCCCCCAUCACUCAGUGCCCCAGCCAGCUCCACCAGCUCUGAAGAGGACCUGCUUGCUAGCUGGCAGCGGGCAUUUGUGGACCGCACCCCACCACCUGCCACCCUGACCCAGCGCACAGCCUUUGGACGUGAUGCCCUCCCUGAGCUACAGCACCAUUUUGCCCUUAGCCCCACUGAGAGAGAGGAGGUGGUUCAGGCACCUUCUUCCCUACCUGAUGAGAGUGGGCUUUUGCUACCAACAGAACCUGACUCUGGCUUUCCCAGGGAAGAGGAAGAGGAAGAGCUGAACCUGCCCACCAGCCCUGAGGAAGAGCGCCAGAGCCUGCUGCCCAGUAAUAGUGGCACAGAGGAGGGGCCUGGCUCUUCCCACACUGAGGGUAGGGUCUGGCCACUCCCCAGCUCCAGCCGUCCCCAGCGCAGCCCCAAGAGGAUGGGGGUGCACCACCUGCACCGCAAGGACAGCCUGACCCAAGCCCAGGAGCAGGGCAACCUGCUCAACUAGGGCCCCUGCUUGCCUUCCUGCCACUGCUGCACUGGGACUGCACAGAGGGCCCACACCUUUGCAGCUCAGGGUUCCCAGGCCAAGAUCUUGAACUCCUCUCUCCAGACCUGAAUAGCUCUGUUCCCUGUGUAGGUGGGGUCAGGUGGUGGGCCAAGCCAGGCCUUUCAGCUGCAUUGAUUGUGAAUGGCACCUAUUUGCCUCAUGGUUUUUUCCUUUUUGGAAUAUUUAUUCUCCAAAAGUUACAUGUGGUUGGGUCUCAAGCCCUUUCCUCCAAUCAGCCCAGCCCAGAUCAGGCUGUUCUGGGGAGCUGAGAGAUUUAUCAGUGUUCAUCAUUUUCCUUUCAUAUUCAUGGGUUUUGUUUUUUGGGGGGGUGGGUUAGGGCUUUCUUUGGGGUUAUUAACCUUUAAUUUCUGUUUUCUGCCUGUUUUCCUCUCCCCUAAAUUAUCUGCAUGAGCUGUUGUCCUCAAGGGGCCUGGCACAGCUGGCCCUCGGGGAUGAGGGAGAGGACUGACUCAGGGCUCCCCUCAGCCAUUUCCUCCCUCCCUCUGGAAGGGAGGGUGGGGUUCAGGGCAUCAAGCUGGGCUCUGGGUGAGCUCUGGCCCCCCUCUCAACCUUGGCUCUAGACUGUUACUCCCAGCUUUGGGAAAUUUUCUCAUUGACGACUAUUUUAAAAUCAAAUAAAGCUAUUUUACUGGUAUGGCCUAA